ACCUGCAAGCCACUUCCUGACGCAGCACCCACGCCCAGAGUUCUUCCUAUACACACUUCCGGUAGCAAUUCUUGCUGGGACAAGAUCCGCAGACGUGAGAUGGCCAGCAACGCAAGCGGCGCCACCACGGCCGCACUGUCGAACCUGUCCCUUAGCCCCUCAACCCACAAGCCAUCUAAGGGGAAGAAAGUCGUCGUAGCAGACUCAUGGGAAGACGAGGACGUAGACGCGAACUCGGAUUCGGAAGACGCCUCCAAGCCGAGCAAAACAACCCCCAACGAAAUCACCAGUAGCAACUCCGGGUUUGCAGCCCCACCUCCGACACCCAGCUCUCCGACGUACACCUCCGGCGCGCCAUGGCAGUCGAUGUCAUCUUCGUCCCAACAACAGUACGAAGGAGCGGGAGCGGAAAGGCUACGACCCGAGAAGACGGAUGCGGUGGCGCGCAGGAUGAUUGCCAGUGCGCUGGGAGUCAAGGCGCCUAAGCCGACGGAGGAUCAGAGGGCGUAUGAUCGGGCGCUUAGAGAUAAGGAACGGAAGAGGAGGGAGGUGGAGAGGGAGGCGGAGCGGAAGCGGAAAGAGGAGGCCGAGAAGGCUAAGGUGGCUGUGUGGGAGGAUUGAGGGAGAGGAUUGGUAAUAUAGGGACAACGAAUGAGAGCCGGGCUAUUAGGAGCUGCUAUGGGUAUUGUUCUAGGGAGAGAACAUUGCGAGUACAUGGAAAGUGACUUGAGAGUGGGCGUUUUCGAAUUAAGUAUAUCCUCUCACAAAACCACAUGGUCGAGGGAAGAAGGGUCAGCGACAGGUUCUUGGCUACCAAGGUGGAAGAUAGUACACGGGAAGAAGUCGGCCGCACAGAAAUAUGGACAGUUGGCAGCCAACUAACAAGCGGGAGAGGGCUUGUUGGAUGAAGCAUUUUCCCUC